CCUCCCUCUCUCUCAUUCCAGGGCUCUGACUGGACUCUGUCGGAGUUGGACGCUCUGUUGCUGAUCGGUACGGUGGGUCACACCUUGAGUUUGGGUUCCAGCAGCUUCAUAGAGGAGGAGCACCAGACCUGGUACUUCCUGCUCAACACGCUGUGCCUGGCCAUCUUCCAGGACGUCUGCAGGAAGUACUUCAGGGAACAGAGGCAUCGAGGUGAGGAACGGGACGAGGGGCCUUUGCUUCCCUCCAGCACGGAAGAAGGACCAUCAUUCUCCCCGGCGGUGGAGCUGGGAAUGAGUUCGGGCUCAGAGAAGUGGCUGGCGCUGGCGACCCCACUGCUGACCUUGACCUGCUGCCGCCUGCUGAGGUCACUGAAUCAGACCGGGGUGCAGUGGGCGCACCUGCCCGACUUUGGACACUGGCUCAACAGUGGGGAUCAUAAGGCGUUCCUCUCUGUGUUGGCGGCGGUGUCUCUGGUUCUGAUCUUUCUCCUGGUUCAGCGUCACUGCUCGCUGGUGUCUAAGAUCGCUCUGGCCCUCGGCCUGCUGGGAGUUUACAGCUAUCGCGCCGCCGUCGGAAACGUCCUGUUCCCAUGGCAACGCAGCAGCCGUGCCGUCUCCAAGGGAACCGUCGAGGCGCAAUUCGUUUACGUUUUCGUCCUCGGUAUCUUAUUCACCGGCGUGAAGGACCGGUUGCGCUCGCAGGUGAUGUCGUCAGCGGUGGACAGCAGGCGGCUGAAGAGCAGAGGACUGUGGGAAGUGUACAGCGGCGUGGUGUUAUUGGUGGCUCUGUUGUUCAGAGCUCAUAAUUUGCCCACGCUGGCCUGCUGUCUGCUCAUCCAGACAAUCAUGGCUCAGUUCAUCUGGAAGAAGCUCCACUACGAUGCCGCCCAGACCACCAUCAUGCACUACUGGUUCGGCCAGGCUUUCUUCUACUUUCAGGGAAACUCUAAUAACAUCGGGACCGUGGACAUCUCUGUGGGUUUUGUGGGUCUGGAUAGUUACGUAGAAGCGCCUGCCAUUUUCCUGACGGCGCUGAGCACCUACGCAGGACCGCUGCUCUGGGCCUGUCAUCUGCUGUGUUUCCUCAGCUCACAGAGAGACAGGGCUGGAAUGGGUCUCGGUCAUGGCAGCUACUGCUUUGCACUCCUGCGGUCCAUCCCGGCUGUGUUUUACGUGGUCCUGGUCACCUCGCUCCGAUACCACCUUUUCAUCUGGAGCGUGUUUUCUCCGAAACUCUUGUACGAGGCCAUGCACACACUCAUCACCGCCGCUGUGUGUCUUUUUUUUACCUUUAUGGAUCAGGAACGCUCGGCCAGACCGUGAACACAGAGCCAGAACCAGAACCAAAGCCAAACUCAGGUAAAGAACAAACGGUGCAGUUGAGUUUUGUGCACCAAAAGGAGAAAUAAAUUGAGAGAAAAAGCAAUGGGAGAAGGUUUUAGGUUAUUCUACUAGUGUGAAUGAGGUCAACGUUGAGAAUUCAGAGCUUACAUGGAGAUUUGGCUCACUCUAUUGACUUUCACUCAUUUGUGUGUAUGCGAUUUAAAUUAUUUUUGUAUUAUUUUGGGAGGUCAUUGUUAGUGCAGAUAACAUAUGGCCAGACUUGUGUGCAUACAUAUGAUAAUCCCUCUCAUUCUCUAUGCAGUUUUCUUUCUAAAGCUUUACAGAUAAUGGAGAGUAUAAUUCUUUUUGUAUCUUUCAAUUUCCGUUCCUGACCGUUGCUUCACCUCUAGAAUAAUAUGAGAUAAGUUACAUCAUUAAUAACUCUCCCCUCACUGAGAUCACAGCAGAUGUGCGCUCCUGAUGCUCUUGAAAGCUUUAAGGGAUCUUAAAAGUCUUUUAAAUCAUAUCUAAACACAGCUACCUGUGACGUUUUUGUUUAAUCAGCCUGUUGGAAAUGUGAAUUGUAAGCUGAUUAAUGUUAGUAAGUGUUUUUUCUUUAUCUCAGCGCUAAGAUCUGGUUAAUAAUAAAAUAAACCCUUUUCUGAUUGAGAG